AUGGCGCUCGCUUCAGCCAAGACACCGAGGGCAGUUGCUCCCAAAGUGAUUGCCACCAAGAAGAGUAUGAAAGUAAGCGCAAAGACUGAAGGCGAACUGGACCUCGACCAGCUGAUUGGCCAAGUUGCAUCCGUGCCGGUUGCCUCUUUCAAAGGAGGCCGCGGUUCACUGCCGCCCUGUCCCGGAGCCCAAUUGAAAGUUGCAGGUCCGGAAGAAGAAGCGACGGGCAAGAGCCUGGGCCGCUAUGCGACGCCUUCGUGUGGAGUCACCAAGACCAAAAGUACGGGAGCACACACGCCGCGGCGACACUCUGAAAUCCACAUCCCAGGCAUGAUGUCUCCGGCGCCGCCCUCUUCACCACAUAGUGGGCGACCAAAACCGCCGAGCAAGCACCGGGCGUCUACGACCCAUGUGUCAGCAGAAGAAGUGAAAAACCUCGAUACUCAGAAACUUGGGGUCAUUCUUCGAAGAGGUGCUGGUGCAGAACUUCGGGAUCCCGAAUCUGUUGGUGGUCGCGAUGACGAUGACUCGGAGGACAUCCACGAAAUGCCGAUGAUCAAGUCGAAAACCGACCCAAGGUCAGCUCUUGAUCCCGUCCAAAAGCCGACUGCAACGGCGCAGGUCCAGAAGCUUCCGAGCCAGCAGGAGGAGUUGGUUUCGAGGCUUUUCCUCUCCGACACCGAAAGGAUCCAGCGCACAAAGGCUGGCGCCACUUCAAAUGAAGGUGAAUUGCCAGAAGGCCUCUCUUCCCAAAGGAAGAAGAAGCUUGAUGGCCGACGCCGGUCGAGAGAAUUGCAGGCCAUGAUCGAUUCAGUGGAGAAUGAAGAUGCUGAAACAAACAUCCAAGUGGACGAAAAGAAACUGGAGCAGGAUGUUUUGCUCCUGAGUGACGAGCAGAGCAAGGAAGACGAGUACUGGAGCACCAUGUGGCAGAUGACGAAAGACGCGAUGAGGGCCUCAGAAGCGCCACAAGAGGCUAUAAAGUCUCCAUUCUUUGGCUUCUCAGGUCGGCGCUCCUUCACUGUUCCUACGGCCCAGACGUGGCCUGCAGUUGAGAAAGCGUGCCAAGUCAGCUCCAAGUUUUUCCUGUACUGGAGACAGCUCUCCGGCAGCGGUGGUGUCCUGAGCAAGUUUGGGCAGAUACAGUGUGCGUGGUGUUACACGACACUCAGCCUUGCUAACAUGUCAGCACCAGAGGAGGAGGAGGAAGUCGCCCCAGACAUGGAGGAGGAGGAUAUGGAUCAGGAGGCCGACCAAGAAGAGCCUGAAGAAGAGCACGAAGACGAAGAAGAUCCUAGUGGCAGGGCGGAGGCUGCGCCCAAGUCUUCCGGGCGCAAGGCCCGGGGCAAGAGCAAAGCGAAGCCGAUCAAGAAAGAUGCCUCCAAGGGCAAGAAGGCACCUGUCCGGACAGAGUACAAAGCGGGCAUUUGCUUUCCCGUUGCCAAAGUCAGAAAUCUGCUCAAGGAGAGUGGAUACGGUCGUGUUUCACAAGAUGCGUCAAUUUACCUCACAGGCGUCAUGGAGUACGUCGUUGCAGAGAUCCUGGAGCUGGCAGGCAACUCCGCCAAGGAGCAGAAGAAGCAACGCAUCCUACCGCGCAACAUCCAGCUGGCGAUCCGCAAUGAUGAGGAGUUGAACAAGUACAUGGCCAAUGUGACCAUCAAAUCUGGUGGAGUCAUCCCCAACAUCCACACCGUGCUCAUGCCUCAAAAGACAAGUGCCAAAGGCGUCAGCGCAGGCUCCCACUCCCAGGAGUACUGA